AUGGUUCCGGAUAGCAUGUUUACAGCGGGCCCCAUCUCGGAGGAUAACUUUUUCGAAUGGGAGGCAUUAAUCAACGGCCCUAAGGACACACCCUAUGAAGGAGGCGUGUUUGUUGCGAAGCUAGAGUUUCCUAGUGAUUACCCUUUGAAUCCGUUCAAGAUGAAAUUUGACCCGCCCCUGCUUCAUCCGAAUGUUUACGCCGACGGGAAUGUUUGUAUUUCAAUACUACAUUCCCCGGGAGACGAUCCGAAUAUGUAUGAGCUCGCAUCGGAACGCUGGAGUCCGGUACAGAGCGUGGAAAAAGUGCUCCUAAGUGUAAUAUCUAUGCUCGCAGAACCGAACCUUGAGAGCGGGGCAAACGUCGAUUGUUGUAAACUCUACCGAGAGAACAAGGCAGAAUUCGAGCGGCAGAAGUCCAGCCUCCAGAAGACCCCCGUCGAAGUUGCUAUACAGCAGGUACUAGAUGUUAUCCCCAAUGUCGACAAGUCUCAUCUGCAGUCGUUGGUUGCUCAUUACAUGGCCAGUGGCUCCGAAGAUGUUAGCACGGUGAUCAUCUCUCACUUGUUGGAACAUCCAGAUUAUCCCAAGGCUGGCAAGCGUAAGAGCGAAGCUGUUGUAACCUCGAUUCCCAAGCGGCCAAAAAUCGAUUACAUGGCUGAUGAUAGGGAGGCAAUCACGGAUACAGCCUAUAUUUCUGUGGCGUUGGACCACCUGCUUCGAGUGGAUUUUCCAACCAUACCUAAAGAUUACGUGAAAAAAGCAUUUUUUAACAACAAGGCACAUUAUGCUCCUACUUUCAUCGUACUGAAAGAAGAUAUCAAGGAUGGCUCCAAAUUUCUCGUAAAGAAAUCUUCUAAACGUACCGAAAAAUCUCGUGGAAAAGGCAAGGCGCCUCCAAAGAGCGAGGACUUUGACGCCGAGCGCAUUUGGUUGCUCGGUUACCUUGACGAAAAAGCCGAGCUUGAAGAAUGCGAACAGAAUGGAACUGGCCUUGAAUGCGGAUGCUGCUUUGGGGACUAUCCAUUUUCUUGGAUGAUCCAAUGUCCUGACGCGCACCUGUUCUGCCGGGACUGUGCUCGCCGGUCGGCUGAAGAGUGUAUUGGGAACAGGAAAACCGAGUUGUUAUGCAUGGACCAGUCUGGGUGUAAACAGGCGUUUGCGGAAAGUGAGAUCCAACGGUUCUUGUCUGACAAGUCACUCGAGUUAUGGCAUCGAAUUAAGCAAGAAAAAGAGAUUGAGCUGGCUCAAAUUGACGGACUGGAAAGCUGCCCCUUUUGCUCGUAUGCAGUUGUGAUUGAGAAUGAAGAAGAGCGGCUAUUCCGAUGCGAGAACAGUUCUUGUGGUAUUGUUAGUUGCCGCAAGUGCAAGAAAGAGGAUCAUUUACCAAAGUCAUGCGAAGAGGCCGAAAAAGACAAGGCCUUGGACGGGAGACAUUCUAUUGAAGAAGCCAUGACCAAAGCAUUGAUGCGUAACUGUCCCAAGUGCAAUCAGAAUUUCGUGAAGGAGUCUGGUUGCAACAAAAUGACCUGUCCUGGGUGUAGAUCUCUGGUUUGCUAUGUCUGUCGUAAGAUUAUCCAGGGUUAUGAUCACUUUGAUCAAACUCCACAGGGAGUACCCCGGAACGCGAGUUCUAAAAAGUGCCCACUCUGGGAAUCGGUUGAGCAAAGGCAUGCUGACGAUGUCAAAAAAGCUGCCGAAGUCGCACAGGAAGAAUACCGGAGACUGAACCCCGAUAUUCGAGAAGAGGAUAUCGCGGUUGAUUUACCUCAAGCACCCCCGCCUCCGCCGCCACUACCUCAACUUCGUGCUGGACUUGCACCCCCACUUCGGAACUUAGCUAUGCCUAUGCUCCCAGCUGGAGGAGUAUAUGACCCAUAUCAACAACGCUUGUUUAUGGGCCCACAGGCGGGUCAUCGUGGAUUGGAUGGGAACCUCAUGGCUGCAAACGCACAACUUGAUAAUUUGCGCCGACUCUUAGAAGAGCGAAAUCAGGCACCUCUUGCUCCCCCACCAGCACCACCGCGGAGAGGCCGUCGUUGA